UCUGGCAGGUUACAAAUAGCGCAUGCAGAGAGUAAUGCAGAUAAGCUGCAAGCGAAGAUAGGAAAGGGAGGCAGGGAGGGAGCCACGAACGGAUGAAAGACUGCAAGAUCAAGUGGGAUGCAAGCAACGUGAGUUAGCUUUAGCGCAGGCGAGAGACAGCCACUCCCCACCACCGUGGAACCUUCCGGAGCUGAGCCGAGCUGGGCUGUUAUUUCCUCUCCAUAGCAGCUUUCCCAUAGCCUCUGUCACGGAGCCCCGAGAGCGCAAGACCCUGUUGCCUGGAUACCUGGCCGGUGUUGCGGCUGCAGCGAGAAAGCCGCGACUGAAUGAACUCUGUGUAUGCUUGUCGGCGGUUGCUGCUGCCAUGGGAAGAGCACCGCUGACUCGCUUUCUCACGUACUGGCUGACUUGCUGACAUGGCACGUAUGAAUAAUGAACAGAGUAUCUGCCAGGCACGAGCUGCCGUUAUGGUGUACGACGAUGCCAAUAAGAAGUGGGUGCCAGCAGGCGGCUCGACUGGCUUCAGCAGAGUCCACAUCUAUCACCACACAGGAAACAAUGCCUUCCGUGUAGUAGGGCGCAAGAUCCAAGAUCAUCAGGUGGUGAUAAACUGUGCCAUUCCCAAGGGACUGAAGUACAACCAGGCCACACAAACUUUCCAUCAGUGGCGGGAUGCUCGACAGGUCUACGGCCUGAAUUUUGGCAGCAAGGAGGAUGCCAACGUAUUUGCCAGUGCCAUGAUGCAUGCCCUGGAAGUACUGAACUCCCAGGAGACAGGUCCCACAUUGCCCAGGCAGUCCCCCCAUGUUCAGAAUGGCCCCACACCAGAAGAAAUUGACCUCCGAAGAAGGCAGCUCCAGGAGCUACAAAGGCAGAAAGAGCUAGAAAGGGAGCGACAGGAACGCGAAUGUCAAGAGCGGGAGCGUCAGGAACAGGAGCGCCUGGAGCGGGAGACGCAAGAGCGGGAACGUCAGGAACAGGAACGUCAAGAUCGGGAACGUCAGGAAAGGGAGCUUCGAGAAAGAGAGGUGCAGGCCGAGAGGGAGCGACUGGAGCGCGAACGUCAGGAGCGGCAGGAGCUCGCCGAGCGUGAGCGGACGGAGAGGGAGAAGGCGGAGAGAGAGCGGCAGGAGCCGUCGGACAGAGAGCGGCGAGACUGGGAAAGAGGGAGACGCAUCUCCAAUGCCGCAUUCGAAAGCACUCUGUACAGCCCCACUCCUCAGGAGUAUAGCAGGACAUCAUCCACGCUGGCAUCUCCAUCCACACAGACCUACCCAGCUCCCGGAGUCCUUUUAUCCUCAUCCACGACACCCCCCACGCCACCGCUGAGGCACUCGGCCUCCCGUUUUGCCACCUCGCUUGGCUCUGCCUUCCACCCAGUCCUUCCCCACUACGCCACUGUCCCAAGGAGACAGCAGGCGUUUGCCCAGGCACCACCUCCUGCUCCUGCUCCUGCUCCUGCUCCAGUCCCCAGCCCUGCCACCGCGCCCAAGUCCGUGGUGUGUUCGGCAUACAACUUCACUCCCUUGCCCCCGUCGCCCCCGGUCAUGAUAAGCAGUCCGCCAGGGAAGGCCGCAGGCCCACGGCCGCUCAUCCCCGUCGCGGCCGCAACCCCGCUUGCCCAGAAGCCCCCCUCACCAUCUCCCAACGGCCCUCCUAUGUUUCCCGCACCAUCCCCGGUCACCGUCCUGCCACAUAGUCACCCUGUUGGCGUAGCCUGCCCGACCCCACCACCUCCGCCCACCCCGCCGCCGUUUGCUUCUCCCGCAGCAGCCCGUUCUUCUCCGUGCGUCUCGUCUCCCCCCUCCUCAUCCCAUGCUCCUGGUUUGCCCUCUCCCUCCACAGCGCCCUCCACUGCUGCAGUUGCUUCCACUGAGCACCUCAGCCUCCCUCUGGGCCCGGGCCCGGGCCCGUCAGACACACCAGCAAGCCAAGAAACCCGCCAACUCUAUUUGGGGUCCUCCGAUCAGCCCCAGUCCCAGGACAUUGUGCAACCAGUGGGGUUGACCACACCCACCCCCGCCCCUCCCCCACCUCCACCCCUGCCACCCAGCUCUACUGUGACAUCUGCGGCCGCCACCCCGGCCACCCCCACCACGCCAUCAGGACACCCUCCCCCGCCGCCGCCUCCACCUCUGCCUCCUACAUUGACUCCAGCUGGGACACCGACUUCGCCACCCGGGCAACCUCCUCCACUUGGGUCCCCGACACCUCCCCCAGCACCUCCCCUUCCCGCUGGCCUCUUCUCCCCUGCAGAGGACCGUCCCAUCUCAGGCCUGGCUGCCGCCCUCGCAGGGGCCAAGCUGCGCAAAGUGCCAAGGAGUGAUGAUGCCGGAGCAGCUCUGGCAGCAGCCUUGUUGGGGACAGUCGGGACUGCGGGGGCCAAAUCGGAGUCCAGAGGCAAUGGCCCGCUACCUGGAGGAGGCGGGCUCAUGGAGGAAAUGAGCGCUUUAUUGGCUAGAAGAAGAAGAAUUGCGGAGAAGGGCUCUUCACCUGAACCCGACCAGAGAUCAGAGGAGGGUGAGGCAGCCACCAUCCCCAAAGUGUCGGCUUGUAGCACGCCAGACAUGCCCAGGAAGCCAUGGGAAAGAACGAACAACAAUACUUUGAAUGGUAGCAAAUCACCCGUUAUAGGAAGACCGAAAUCUACUCCAACGCCUGCAGCAUCUGUAAGUGCCAACGGCAUGCCAACAGAAGCUGUUGACUAUGAUAGAUUGAAACAGGACAUUCUGGAUGAGAUGAGGAAGGAGCUGUCGAAGCUAAAAGAAGAGCUCAUCGAUGCAAUCAGGGAGGAACUGGGCAGGUCCAGUACAGCAUAGAUGAUGCAUAGUCCCUCUUCUACAAAUCCAAGCCCCAUGGCCCAACUUUGGUCGCUAGACAAGAUAAUGCAGCCGGCCAGAACGAGAUAUCAACUUAGUAGCGGUGACGACAAUGAAGACAAACAACCACGUAUACCUGAGAGGGCGCGGUCUCUGGAGGGCGGCAUCAAUCCGGGUGAUGUUUGUAGAACUCUCAUAGGUGGGUGGGACUCCUCUGCCUCACACUUUCCUCCACCUUCCUGCUGAGGACGUCGCAUCCUGGAGGACAGCAGUCUGAAAGAAAAGCGCAUGUCUUUAUGCAAAAAAAAACAAAAAAACAAAUGUAACUCUUCAAAGAUACUGUAAAAGAUCAUUGGUGCAGAAGCAAAUCAGAAAUCGUUCUGGUGAUUUUUCUAUCAAAAGGCACGUUUUAUCAAGAAACGGGAAUAAAGUAGGGAUGGAAAAUCUCCCCCACACCUCCUCAUAAGGCCAUAGCAGUAGCGUGCGUGCGUGCGUGAUUCUGAAUGAACAAGUGUGAAUGGAUAUGGACGAUAUGGAGCAGUCCGCCGCUGCUGGAAACUGGAAAGCUCGUCUUCCUCAAAUGCCAUUUGAACCUAAAUAUGUACAAAAUUAUUUCCAAAAACAGGCAUCUGUUUCGAGUCUAUAGAUGAAAGGCCAUAUCAAGUAGCGCCAUAAUCCUCCUCAUAAUCACCUCAUUUGUGUCGGUCGAUUGGCAAGGGAGGCCGCAUGUCAGACAGCGGCCCCCGUAGUAGCUCUCUACCAAACCCCAAAAAAAGUGCUAUUUUGCUAACACCCGCCAUGCUACUUGAGCAUGGUCACUGUAGAUGGACUUGACGUCCGACUGACUUUUGUGUCCCUCUCUGUCACGUUUGGUAACAUUUCCUUUUUUUUUUUUUUUUUUCCUUCAUAAAGCGGAAGGGUGACGAAUCUGCCAAGAAAAUGCAUUCACUCCCGCAAGUUUAUGCCAAGCAAUAAGUGUAGCAUCUGUCGCCGAUCAUGUUUCUGUACGGCCUAUCGGAGCUCAGUGUGGACAGAAAGAUGGUGGCACUGAAGAGCGGGAUUUUAUGGAUCAACCUAAUUUAGGACUCACUAUCCCCUCGCCGUAACGUCCAAUCGUACUGUGUCCUUAAGAUAAUUUGAUGUUAGAACGAUUUUUGUCUGUUAAUUCCUUUUUCCACAAAACUACUACUCGUGUGCAUAAAUCUGUGUGUGUGUGGUGUCUUCAAGGAUUUCAGCGUGCCAUUCAGUCUUUCACCUGUGCUUACCUUUUUGGUUUGUUUUUAUUUGCCUUAAAGUGACACAGAUUUAUUUUAUUUUUUUUUCCCCCCCCGACUACAAGCUCAGAGUUGAAGAAUUCGUUUGAUGAGAGCCAAAGCCAUUGGUCCGAAAUAUACAGAUCACAGUUGCAAAAAAAGAAAAAGAAGAAAUCUCCAAUCUGUCACACAUAAAUCCCCGUUUUAUUCUGAACAUCCACCCGCGAGGCUGCCUGUGCUUAAGCCUUUUCCGAUUGCACUUGGGUACGGAAACACAUCACAACUACUGUGUGGCCAUUUCUAACCAAAGGACUCAACAAUCAUGCUCGACCAAGUCGCCUUCCUUAGAUGUCAAAUCAUGGAGAUUUCAAAAGCAGAACCCUAUCUUAAAUUCACAGUGCAUCCGCUUAUUGGACAGGCUCAAUGUGACAAUCUCUGUUGGAUCCAUGCGGUUUGUGCCUUGUUCGGAAGUUGUUUUCAAAUCGAUAACUUGUCAUAAUAUUUGUCCGUCAAAUACACUUUUGUGAUUUUAUGGUGUAUAUGUUCCAUUGAAGGGAGAUCUCAAUGACCUUGUUACUGUUCCAGGAAACAUCUGUGCAACAAGAUGAUUAUUUUAUUUUUUUUCCCCCUUACCGCUAUGAAGUACAAUCAGACGUUGGCCUGCAAUGGUGAAGGGGAGAUCUUCACAUUUCUUAAAUGUGUUUAAGAAAUGUGCUUUCCUUGCUUAAUUUGGAAUUGGAAUGAAUAUGUCCACAUCCUUGUCAGUUUAAUGAUGGAAACGCUCGGGACAAUUUGCAGGAACUUUUUGAGAUGGGGUUCCACGCUUGAAGGCACAGCAUGUUUCAAAGGGGGGUGGGUUUCCAGACUUGUUCUUUUAGCGUCCACGUUGUGUCCUAUCCUGUGUUCGUGUUAAUUAGUCUUUUCUUACAUGCUAACAGUUUUUUGUUUUGAUAGAGAAAGUUAAAUAAAAUUGCAAUACAAGACAUAAAAGUCA